AUGAAAGUUAUCAAAGGGAAAAUGUCUUUUAGGGGACAAAUGAAGAAAAGAAAAUUUUCAUGCCCAGAUGAAGUCUUUUCCAGCUCGGAGGACACUACUCCGAAGGCGGAAACCGAACCCAGAACUAGAAAAGUCUCGGCAGGCGAAGAGCUGACACAAGCCAUAGUGAAAAGUCGGCGAAAUCAGGUGGAAGCGGAGACUGUUAGAAGAAGAUAUCAAACCAUGCCGAUUUUUUCGACAGCAGAAGAAGGCCUAAGACCACCGAGAGCGGUUUCAUUCUGUCCGGAAAUUUUACUUCUUUCGGCUGUGAUGGAAAACAACACUGAGGAACUGAUUAAGAUACUGCGAGAAGGAAAUGUGAACGUAAAUCAAGCAAACUCGAUCGGAAGGCUACCAAUUCACGAAGCAGCUUCGGAGGGUUUUGUCGAAUGCACGCAGAUUUUGAUCGAAAAUGGCGCGAAUUUAACUCUGGAGUGCUCCGAAGGUUUGACGCCGCUAGAAGCCGCUGUUAUUAGCGGGAACUUUGAAUGUGCGGAACUUUUAAUCAGAAGUGGAGCACCGAUUGACAAAAUCAAAGACGGAUUCGUUGAUCCAGUUCUUAAAGAAAAGAUCCAGGCGGAAGAAUGUAACAGAGAUGAAAAGUAA